AUGUCUAAAUCACAGUUUGGGUCCCAGGUGGGUGGCACUGGUAACACUGGUGUCCCCGUCUUCCUGCAGCUGAUGGAGAACCGCACGCACUUGUACCGCUUUCUGCUCCUGAAGAUGACUGCCUUUCAGCACUGGGUGUUGGGGCUGGCCCAGGAGGCCCGGGGCUCCCGCAGUGACCAGGUCUACCUGCUUCCAGGAGUCAUCAUAACCUGUCCCCUGAGCCUGGCCCUUCAAACUGGACUGGCAUUGCUAUGGGUCCCACUGUGGUUGCUGCUCUGGGGACCCAGGCUGGCAUACAAAGUCGGGCUGUGCUGUGCUCGCAUCGUGAGACUGACCCUGUGGCACCUAGGUGCCUGGGUACCUCUGGGCAUGUCUGCAGCCACCUUCAGGGACCUGUUUAUCUCCUGUCUUCAUAGCCUGAUGCUGGUGGCUUUACUGAUGCUGCUGUUGACCUGGAAGCUGGUGCAGAAAGCCCAUCACUUUAGUCUGGGCUGGUUGCCCAGCCAGAAUUCUGUGUUGCUGGAAGCCCUGGCCUUGCUGAGACGAGUCUACCUGUGGGUGGAGCAUACAACCACCCUCACUUCCUGGAACUUGGCCUAUCUUUUCACUUGGACCACCUGCCUGGCCUCCCACCUGCUCCAGGCUGCCUUUGAACACACAGCCCCACAGGCCCAGGCUCAGGAAGCCAAAUCCCAGGAGACCUCAGGACCCCCAUCGCCUCAGUUCUUAAUUCCAGAGUCCUCCACCACUGAGGCUGGGCCCUCCCCAUCCCAGCCUGAAACCCCCGGAGAAUAAAUGUGUCCCCCACCUGCC